CCAAAACACCGACGGCUUCCACCGCCAAAUCUGCGCCACAGGGACUGCUGACUCUGCGCGUGCGCAUUGUGGACUCGGGUGCUGUGCGUUCGAUGCAGUUCGAUCCCUCGGUUAUACUAUACGACGUGUGCAAAGAGAUUCUCGAGAAGUUGGGCGAGAAAACAAACCUGGGACUAGACCACGGACUAUUCCGCCCAGAAGACGACUACAGCCGAGGCGUCUGGCUCAAUGCCGGACGAACCCUGGAGUACUAUGAUCUCAAGAACGGUGACCUGGUGGAGUACAAAAAGAAACAUCGUCCGCUCAAGGUAAUUCUCAUGGAUGGUUCCCAGCGUACCGUGCUAAUUGACGACAGUCAGAAUGUGGGGCAGAUUAUCAAAGUCAUCUGCUCACGCAUCAACCUCAGCAAUCCAGACGAGUUCUCGCUUACCACGGGGCAGAAGAAGCGACCGUUUGGCGAAGAUGACAUGCUGAGCGAAAGCGACGAUGACGACGUGGAUGAACCCAACAGCUGCACGCUCGUGUGGGAGGGAAUCCAGCAACAACCCGCAUUCACCGAAUGGCUCUUCAAGAGGGUCACAUCGACGCCUGCGGCGAGAGAGUACUUAGAGGAACAUAGCAUGGCUAAUUUAUUUGAUCUCGCCUUGACGGAGACGAUUGUGAAGCCCGAUCAGGAUAGUGCAUUAUGA